AUGAAGGUCACAGUUGCGCUCGCUGUUCUCGCCGCUGCUGCGUCGGCGACCACAGAACUCAGGGAACGUCAAGAUGGACACAACGACAAGCCCUGCAAGAAGAGGCCUGAUGUCGCUUCGAGGAAGCUGGAAGCCGACAUCACCUCGAAGAAGCUGCUGAGGGGCGCUCAGCAACUUCAGGACUUUGCCUACAGCUACCCGGACCGUAACAGGAUUAUGGGCGGCAAGGCUCACAAUGACACCGUCAACUGGCUGAAGAAGGAACUCGAGUCCACCUCAUACUACGAUGUCACCCUUCAGCCGUUCUCCAACUAUGUCAUGUUGAACGGCACGAUCAACACCUUCACCAUCGGAGGUAAGGCCAUCAACGCCACCCUCUUCGAGUACUCGAACUCCACUACUGGCCUUGUUACUGCGCCUUUGGUAGUUGUGAGCAACUUGGGUUGUGAAGCAUCUGAUUACCCGGCCACUCUGGCCGGCAAUAUCGCUCUCAUCUCGCGUGGUAGCUGCGACUUCGGCUUGAAGUCCGCUCUCGCCGGUGGUGCAGGCGCUGUCGGUGCUGUUGUAUACAACAACGUUGCUGGUACCGUUUCUGCCACCCUCGGCCCCCCUCCUCGCGAGGAAGGUCCCUACGUUGCAACGGUCGGCAUCACUCAGGCAGACGGUCAGGCCUACGUUUCCCAAAUCCAGGGCGGUGCCAACGUGACCGCCUCUUUGGACGUCUUGACUGAUGUCCAGAUCAUCACCACCAACAACGUCUUGGCGACUAGCAAGUGUGGCGACAAGAACAACCAGCUCGCUCUGGGUGCUCAUACUGACUCUGUCGGCGCUGGACCUGGAAUCAACGACGAUGGCAGUGGCACCGUUGGUAUCCUCAACGUUGCCAAGGCACUUGCUAAGUACAACGUCAACAACGCUGUCACCUUCGGCUUCUGGUCUGGAGAGGAGUCUGGUCUUCUUGGAUCGACCUACUUCGUCGAGAGCCUCACUUCUGAAGAGUCCCUCAAGAUCCGUGCCUACCUCAACUUCGACAUGAUUGCCUCGCCCAACUAUGUUCACCAGAUCUACGACGGUGACGGCAGCGCUUAUGGCCUCACUGGACCUGAUGGUAGCGGAGAUAUCGAGGAGUUCUUCGAGAAGUACUUCGUCCGCGUUGGCGUUCCCUCCAACGCCACUGAGUUCAACGGCCGCUCAGACUACGGUCCGUUCCUCGAUGCCAAUAUCCCUGCCGGAGGAACCACCACUGGUGCUGACGAGGUCAAGACUGAAGAGGAGCAGAAGAUUUGGGGUGGUGUUGCUGGCGAGAUCCUCGACCAGAACUACCACCAGGCUGCCGACACUGUCGACAACCUCAACCAGGAGGCUUGGUUGUUGCACGUCCGCGGUAUUGCUGCCGCUGUUGCUAAGUACGCCACCUCGUGGGAGGGUUUCCCAGCUCGCACACCCGUCGGUAACACCACUACUAAGAGGAGUGUGUCUGAGGUCCGCAAGACCGUGGCUGGCGUCAAGCGCUCGCUGAAGAUGUACUAA